AUGUUCGGCUGCCAAGGAGUGGAAGGCUUGCACAAGUGCCGUGUACUUUACGAGAGCGACUCGGCCUUCGCAAAAGCCAUCAACGACUGUGGCGAUAUACUUAAGCGUUUGGUUAGUGUUCCACUUCUUUCCAUUCUCUUCUCUGAGAAGGACACACCGAAGGAUGCGGAAAGGGGUCACGGCCAACAAACCCAGCACUGGCUGCGGCAGACACGUUUCGCGGAUCCUGCACUUUUCGCAUUCGAAUAUGCCAUCGGCCGUAGCCUCAUUGCACAGGGUGUCAAGCCAGAUGCUGUCAUGGGGGUAGGUGUAGGAGAAUUCGUUGCUGCGGCAAUUGCAGGGGUCAUGAGCUUGGAAGACGGGCUACGGGUUGCGUGUCAAAGGGCAAAACUUGUGGAGACAUUCCUGCCAUCUGAUACUGUAGCCGUGGCCUGUAGGGUGGGUGAAAAGGAUGUGGAAAUGGCUAUUUCCGAGGCCGGAGGAGCAGCAGGCUCUACUUCGUCGGUUGCUAUGUCCCUAGUUUACGGGCAGAAGCAGCUGGUCUUAACGGGAGUUCAGUCGGAGCUGGAAUCCGUGUUAAUGAAGCUUGACAUAGCUGGUCGUUUCAAAUACCUGCCUGACCGUGUGGGCUUCUCGUCGCCUCUGUUGUCAGACGUCGUUACUCCCCUGGCUCGGAUCAUCGGUGGUGUAAAGUUGUCGCGUCCCACCGUAAAGAUGAUCUGCCCAACAACCGGAGAAUUCUGUGAUGAACAAGGCAGCUUUGAUCCGAAUGGGCCAGCAGAGCGUUGA